UAAAAAAUAACAUGGCACUGUCCUGAGUUGUUUUGCCUUAAUGUAGCCUGGAAAAUAGUUGUAAAGCUUAGCUAACAAACGGAGUUGUCGAUUUUCCCCAUUCGGUCGAGUGCUGCUCAACCUGUCGAAAAGCUAAGGCUAAAAAAUUGUUUAUAACUUGUGCAAAAGUGUGAAAGAGCCAUUGAUUAUCAAUAAAGUGUCGAUCAAAAUGUCGAUCUUUGAACAUCCCGAACAGCUGAAGAUGCUGCAGGACCUCCUGAAUCCCAAUCAGCGAAGAGGCGGCAUUGACUACAGCAGCAGUGAGGAUGAGGAGGAGUCCAUGGUCGUCCACAAGCUGAAUCCUGGUGGCAUUGGACGUCCCAAAACGGAAGACGCCACCAAGGCUAAGAAGAAAAAGAAGCCCAAUCCUUUGUGCACGCCCUUGGUGGAGGAAGAGAAAAAGCAGCCUGAGAGUCUGGAGGAAUGGCAGGAUCGCCAGGAGAAGGAAGACAACGAUAUACUGGAAACCCGGAAGACUCCCGAGUAUACGAUGACCUAUCGCCAGGCCGUGGGCACCGAGGAUGUCUUCUUGCAGAUGGGCAAUCGCACUGGAUCCUCGGCGAGCUGCGAGGACCUCAUUGUGGAGGUUUCCCUGCCGGACGAGGAAAUGACUGCGGACAAGAUGUCGCUCAGCUUGCAGGAAAAGGAAUUGGAUUUGGGCACAUGUUUGUACCGCUUGCGACUACCGCUUCCCCAUCCCGUCAAUGUGGAUCGUUGUCAGGCAAAAUACGACAGUGAGCUGAAGAAGCUUCGGCUGACUCUGCGCCUGCAGCGGGAGCUAGACUACGUUAAUUUCUAGACACCAAUUGAAUAUUUCACUUUUCAUUGUUUCCAUAUUACACAUCACAGUAUAGAGUGUAAAUUUAGAGUACCAAAAUUGUAACGUGUCGCAACCUUUGUUGCCCGCCGUUUAUUUGAUACCAACUUUAUAUGCUUUGGGGAGCAGGAAAAUAAAAUAUAAUCGAAUGACAUUUAGAUGCGUUAAAACGCUAACCAGAA